AUUUAUUUAUUGUCUGAAAAAAAAAAUGGCAGGAAACUAAUUGGAGCUAGGUACUUCAAUAAAGGGUAUGCAGCCUAUGGAGGAAAUAUUACUUCUAAAGUGAGUACGGCGCGAGACUAUGAUGGUCAUGGCUCCCACACACUAUCCACUGCAGGUGGAAACUUUGUCCCCGGAGCAAAUGUAUUCGGUGUGGGUAAUGGAACGGCUAAAGGUGGUUCGCCAAAAGCCCGAGUAGCUACAUACAGAGUGUGCUUUCCUCCAAUCAACGACUCAGAAUGCUUCGAUUCUGAUAUCAUGAAAGCAUUUGAUGCAGCAAUAGAUGAUGGAGUUGAUGUGAUUUCAUUGUCUCUUGGUGGAGAUCCUUCUGAUUACUUUGAUGAUGGCAUAGCGAUUGGAUCGUUCCAUGCUAAUAGGAACGGUGUAGUAGUGGUAGCUUCUGCUGGAAAUUCAGGACCAAUCCCUGGAACUGUUUCAAAUACCGCACCAUGGCUUUUGACUGUAGGAGCAAGCACCAUUGAUCGGGAAUUUCAAGCAGAUGUUAAACUGCAAAAUGGACUGUACCUAAAGGGGACAAGUCUUUCUAAACCAUUGCUGACGGAUACAUUUUAUCCACUUAUUAGUGCUGCAGUCGCUAAAGCUGCCCAUGCAACAGCCGAGGAUGCGAUACUCUGCAAGGCAGGAACACUAGACCCCAAGAAGGUGAAGGGUAAGAUUUUGGUAUGUCUUAGGGGGGAAAAUGCAAGAAUGGAGAAGGGUGAGCAGGCUAGACUUGCUGGUGCUGCCGGUAUGAUUCUCUGCAACGACAAGACAACUGGCAAUGAAAUCAUAGCAGAUCCUCACGUACUUCCAGCCACUCAAAUAAAUUAUACUGAUGGUGUUGCUCUCUUUUCCUACGUCAACAAAAACAAGAAUCCAUUAGGAUUGCUUACACCGCCUAAGGCAGUGGUGAACAUUAAGCCUGCUCCAUUUAUGGCUUCUUUCUCCUCCAGGGGACCAAAUACUGUCACUCCCGAAAUUCUCAAGCCUGAUAUUACUGCUCCUGGAGUAAAUAUCAUCGCUGCCUACUCUGAAGGAACGUCCCCUACAGAGAAUGCGUUUGAUACCCGAACAACUCCCUUUAUUACAGAAUCCGGAACCUCUAUGUCUUGCCCUCAUGUUUCUGGCAUAGUGGGAUUACUAAAGACUCUAUACCCCAAAUGGAGUCCAGCAGCAAUCAAGUCUGCCAUUACGACAACUGCAAGAACAAGAGACAACACGGAGAAUCCAAUGACCGACGCGGGUGAGAAAAAAGCAACACCGUUUGCAUAUGGUUCUGGACAUAUUCGACCAAACCGAGCCAUGAAUCCUGGAUUAGUCUACGACUUGAGUGUCAACGAUUACUUGGACUUCCUCUGUGGCAUUGGUUACAACCAGACACUGCUUAGCAGUUUCACAGGAUCAAAUAAGCCUUAUGAUUGUCCAAAGAAGUACAGUAUACUGAACUUCAACUACCCUUCCAUAACAGUGCCAAAUCUCUCUGGAUCAAUCACAGUGCACAGAAAACUGAAAAAUGUUGGCACACCGGGCAUUUACGCAGUCCGUAUCCGUCAACCGGCAGGAUUUUUAGUUUCUGUGGAACCCAAUAUCUUGAAGUUUGAUAAAAUUGGUGAAGAAAAGAGCUUCAAGUUGAAGAUAAAAUCCAAAAAAGCGGAUAAUGACGGUGAAUAUGUGUUUGGGGAAUUAUUAUGGUCAGACGGCAAGCAUUAUGUGAGGAGUCCAAUUACAGUCUCUUGAUUGGGCUUAACCCAUUACUAAUAUCUUGAAUUUUAUUUUUUAUUUAUUUUUUCCUUUUUUUCUUUCAGAAUUCUUUAUUGGAUAAAUAAUGUCUAGAUUGGUAAAGAACCGAUGUUUAUAAGUUUAAGUUAAAAUUAAUAAAAGUUUUCUAUUUAUUU